UGAAUGAAUCAGGUGAAAUCGUCUACAUUCGCGCGCGGCUCAGGGCGCAGCUGCGGCGACAGAGCGUUCAUAUGUUAGUCCGUCGGUUCGUCGGCCCGGUUCGAACAUAACCUCUCCGACGUUUGUUCUUCACGAGAGUAAGACAAGUAAUAGUUUCGUCGACAAAACUACCAAGAAAAUUAACUAUGCCGCGAAUGCCAUUGCAUCUCGCAUCGGGGAAUGGAAUAUAUGCUGAAUGGGCUCCAAAGACCAUAAGACUCGUUAGAUACGGUUGUACCAAUAGACCGUUUUAUCACAUCGUUGUAAUGACUCGAUUCCACCAACAACGUUGGGAACCUAUCGAACAGCUCGGAACUUAUGAUCCUUGUGAAAAUCAAUUUAAUGAGAAAUUGGCAGCGUUUAAUUUCGAAAGAAUUCAAUGGUGGUUGGGUCGAGGGAAUGUCGACAUAUCAAAACCUGUUGAAAGACUCCUUGGGCUCAGUGGAUUUCUCCCCAUUCAUCCUACGACGUACAUGACGGCAUGGCGAAAUAGAAGGAAAGCCGACGAAGAAGCAUCCUCUGCAAAAGACACUGAUGAAAAAAAAGCUACUGCCACACCGUAGGAUUAUAACCUCCCAAAAAUGAUUGAACAUUGUAAAUAAAUAGCUUGUGCAUUGAACCUUUUAGAAAAAAGGUUGACCAAUGAAAUUGCGAUUUUUAUUUGUA